AUCCUAAAAAAAUAGAAGUUUGAAGGGGUUUAGGAGGUUGGUGUAGUACGCAAGCCAAUAAAUAAAUAGGACAGUUAGCAUUUCAAUAAACGAAUUUGGGAAAAAUGGCAUUGCAAUUGCGAAGCAGCGGCGUCUUCUUCUCGCAGCUCUCGUCCGAUACCAACAAUUAUAAUAGCAAUAGGAAUGGGCGGUUGGCACUUUGGGGUGCGGCCAGCGCCAGGGGGAGAGCCCGAUUCAUUGGCCUUGUCCAUUGCAGCAGUAGCGAUGCUAAAAAGGGAGUCCCUAAUUCAAACUACGUAGUGCCUUUGGACAAGUCCUUUUCACCCUCCAACUCCUCCUGCAUCACUCGCCCUCUGGUCGAAAUCCUCCGCGACCUCAAUAAGCGUAUCCCUGAUAACAUCAUUAACCCUUCUUCUAACUCUUCGUCUUCCACCUUCCUCCCCUGGUACCAUGCCAAUCGCAUGUUGAGCUUCUACGCUCCUGGAUGGUGCGGAGAAGUACGUGAUGUUAUAUUCGCUGACAAUGGAACCAUCACUGUUGUAUAUCGACUCACUAUUCGGGGAUCUGAUGGAGAGGCUCAUCGUGAGUCUACUGGCACAGUAUCAUUUAGCGACAUUAACAUCAAAGAUCCUGUUGCUGCAGCAGAAGAAAUAGCUUUCUGCAGGGCAUGUGCUCGAUUUGGUCUUGGCUUGUAUCUUUAUCAUGAAGGAUAGAUGCUAUAGAGAGCAUGGAGGUUGACCUUUCAAAUGUGUCUAGUUCCAGUUUGAGAACUUGGGUUGUACUUAAAUUUCUGCCUUUCCUGUUGGUGUAAAUAAUCAGUUUUAUCAGAUUAUGCAGUUUGGUAUGCGGAAAAACUAAUGUUUCCAUAGAAUCAAA